CGUACUACUAGUAACUUUUCGAACAUGGAACAGGAGCCAAACAACAAUCACGUGAUGUUACUAAGCUGAUGAGUCUAGGUCUCUCUAUUUUUUACAAUCCCAAAGCUUUGAAUAAUAGAAGAUGUUUUCUAUACCGAGAAGUUCCUCUAUGGAAUAUUUUCCACCUCCAAGUUACAACGAAGUUGUACGGACACACGCUAAUGAUAUUGCACUCCAUCAAAUUCCUUUCUCAAUACCUAAUAUAAGAGUUACUUUUAUGGAUUUUCUACCAGUUUGUAUCAGGGAUAAUGAUAUAUUCUCAAAUACAAGAUACGAGCCAUUUUCGAAGUUAAUUGAUAAAGCAAAUAAUUGGCUGUCUGAGCAUAAUAACUUUGCAGUUAUAAAUUGCGAAACUGUAUGCGCAGCAAAAGAUCCUGAAAAAUCUUAUAUAGACUCAAAAUUAACAUCUCUUACUCCGGCUAUCUUAGAAGAGUCUGAAUUUUCAAUAAAUAUGAUAAAGUUUCUAAGGUUGUAUCUUCGAUCGAAGACAGAGACGGACCCUUCCGAAGCUAAUCAAAUCGGAUACUAUAACAUUGUACCCAAUUUAAAUGAUUCAGAGAAUGAAAAUUCAAUACAGAAACACGGUCCUAUCGAAUCUACAAUAAGAAAAUUUAAUAAUUUUAUAUUACAAAAUUCAAUCAAUGGUAAAAUUAUCAAUUUGGAAACUGUUGGCUACAGUAAAAAACACUUUCCAGAAAAUCCUGAAGAAUCGAGAUAUCAUGAAAAUACCUUUGAUAAUUCGGAAAAUUCAAUAAUCCUAAGGAUAUUCUAUAUGAAAGGUUCACCUACGUAUGAACAAAUAGGUACUAUCGAAUUUCUUCCGAAUCAUAAUAACUACGGAAGGAAUAGUCCAGUAGCUGUUUACGAUUCUACUGGAGAACUUAUUGAAAGAGCUCAACGUUGGCUUGAACAACACAAUACUGCAAGAGUUUUAAAUUUACAGACAACAAAUAUCGACUUCAAAAAAGCUAUGAAGAAAGAAACUUUAAGAAGUAUUGAAGAUUUAAGGAGCAAAUAUUGCUUAGAAAAGACUCUCAGUUCAUUAAGAUUAUACUAUAUUAUUGGGGAAAGUCCAUUAUCUUUUUCAACUAUUGGUGGAAUUAGUGCUAGGACGUUUACACCGGCAUUAUUAGUUCAAAAAACGUGUAGAAUGCAUGAAUUCGAAACGUUAGAUAAACUAUUCGAAAGGGAAAUAAUUCCAUAUCUCAAUUACAAUUCCAAUGCAAGAAUUAUUAAUGCUGAAACUGUACCUUACUUUAUAUCGAAUAGUUCGGAACUUUCUGUUUAUAGUAAGAAAAGGAGACCGGAAAUAAUACUCACAUGUAUCCGAAUAUAUUUUGAUACACCAGUCAGCGAACCUCCUCCUGGUUUUAUACACAAAUCUGAGCCUCCUAUUUUUGAGCAGGAAGGUUGUUGUAAUGUCUUAUAGAGGUUCUAUUAUUAUUUAUUUAUGAAGAAAAUGAAAGAUAAAAUAGAGAAAGUAAACAGUAUUUGUUAUUUUUUCUGCUAACAUAAUCUUUGUUUUUAUAGCUUGAGAA